AUGUUUGUUUCCCGCGGGACUGGCGAGGAGAUGGGCGUUGGUGCGACCGGGGUCCUUGUGGACGUCAUCGCGCAACAGAUCAACGGAUCCGAUAUCGAGGCUAUUGAGUAUCCAGCAAGCCUCGAUGACCCACUGUACUUCCAGUCUGUUUCAAAUGGUACCACCUUGGUGAAAGAGGCCAUCACCAAUUACGCGGCGGCUUGUCCCAUGGUAGCAGCCAUCCUUUUCGGAGACCCUACCCACCGCGAGGACGCUCCGUACAACUACGGAAACGGCACAGGUAGCGGUGUCUUUUGGCGUCACGAUAUCAGCCCAUGUGAGGCUCUGGGUAGCCGCAUCCGCUCGUACUGCGACGCGGGUGACCCGUACUGCGACGUUAAUUACGAUCCGGAUAUCUACACGCAUUUGAAAUACAUUGAGAGAUACGGCAUCGAUGUUGCUCAAUUCGUUGUCGGCCAGUACUACAACGGCGGCGCGACAAACGCCCCGACCGGGACGGGUGUGGCUGGGUCUCCGCCGACUUCCAGCCCUGUUACGGUCAGUGAGUCGGGCAAAAUUUCGGUCAUGAUAUGCCCGAUCAUGACGACAGCCUUGUUAGUGCUUGGGCUGAUCUAG